AUGGCAACCUCAACCGAUUUCGCUGACGUGGAUGGUUGGAUUCAGCAUCUCAUGCUGUGCAAACAGCUGCCAGAGGCUGACGUUAAGAGAUUGUGCGAUAAGGCUCGAGAAAUUCUUAUGGAGGAGUCUAAUGUACAACCCGUUAGAUGCCCAGUAACAGUUUGUGGUGACAUCCAUGGUCAAUUCCAUGAUCUGAUGGAACUUUUUCGUAUUGGCGGAAAUUCACCAGACACAAAUUAUUUAUUUAUGGGGGAUUAUGUUGACCGUGGUUAUUAUUCUGUUGAAACUGUCACUCUACUUGUUGCCUUUAAAGUCCGAUAUAGAGAUCGUGUCACAAUCCUUCGGGGGAACCAUGAAUCUAGGCAAAUAACUCAAGUCUACGGGUUUUAUGAUGAAUGCCUAAGGAAGUACGGUAACGCAAAUGUUUGGAAGUUUUUCACCGACCUGUUUGACUACCUACCUUUAACGGCAUUGAUUGAUGAACAGAUUUUCUGUCUUCAUGGAGGUCUGUCUCCAUCAAUUGACACGUUAGACCAUAUCCGAGCUUUGGACAGGAUUCAGGAAGUCCCCCAUGAAGGUCCAAUGUGCGAUUUAUUAUGGUCGGACCCAGAUGAUCGAUGUGGCUGGGGAAUCUCACCCAGAGGUGCUGGCUAUACCUUUGGGCAAGACAUAUCGGAAGCAUUUAAUCACAAUAAUGGACUAACGUUGAUUGCUAGAGCUCAUCAAUUAGUUAUGGAGGGAUACAAUUGGUCGCAAGAUAGAAAUGUCGUAACAAUUUUCAGCGCUCCAAAUUAUUGUUAUCGUUGUGGCAAUCAGGCUGCUAUCAUGGAAAUAGAUGAACAUUUGAAGUAUACAUUCCUACAAUUUGAUCCUGCCCCCAGAAGGGGUGAGCCACAUGUAACUCGCAGAACUCCUGAUUAUUUCUUGUAA